AAACACUACAACCUGAGCUGAAACAUUACAAUAUUUUCCUUUGUGUCGGCAGAAAAUGGCUAUGCCUUAGAUAUUUUCCCGAGAAAACACAGCCUCCACUGAAUGUGGUGAUUGUGUCUUCUUUCCCGGGAAAAUUCAGUUCAAAAUGAUUAAGAAGAAACUGAACUUGUAUGGCAGAAUGAGAGCAAGAGAUGCAACACCAACGACGUCUUCGUCGUCAACCACCGCGAGAGGAGAAGAAGACUUUGAGUGGGAAAUGAGACCCGGAGGAAUGCUGGUGCAGAAAAGGAGCGCGAAACCGGACGCUCCGGUGCCCAAUUUGCGCCUUCGAAUUGCUUAUGGUGCUCUCCGCUAUGAGAUCUAUGUCACUUCCAUGGCCACUUUCGGGGAGGUGAAGAAGGUAUUGAGCGGGGAAACAGGGUUGAAGGUGGAUGAGCAGAAACUGAUGUACGGAGGAAAAGAGCGAGAGAAUGGAGAGUUCUUGGAUAUGUGCGGAGUGAAAGAUCGAUCCAAGUUGGUGUUGAUACAAGAUCCUUCGAGUAUUGAGCGACGGCUUAUUGAGAUGCGUCACGAUGCCAAGAUCCAGAGUGCGAAUCGCUCCAUCCUCCAUGUCUCCCUCCAGCUUGAUCAGCUUGUAGACCAGGUCUCUGCAAUUGAAAAGUCUAUUUCCAAUGGAAUCAAAGUACCAGAAGUUCAGAUCACCACACUAAUUGAAAUGCUUAUGAGACAAGCUAUCAAAUUAGAGAGCAUUUCUGCAGAGGGGGAUGCCUCUGAGCAGAAAACUUUGCAGGGAAAGAGGGUGCAGAAAUGUGUUGAAACUCUGGAUCUACUCAAGGUUUCUAAUGCAAGAACAAAGCCUGCGGUUGUUACAACCAAGUUGGAGACCUUUUAUCACCCUCCAUCCUCAACCAAGUGGGAAUUAUUCGAUUGAGUUUGCCUAAUUUUCCCUCAUUCUAUCAUUUUUCCUCCCUCUCUAUUCCAAGAUCUUUCACGUCUUGGUUUGAUGUAUAUUAGAUAAGCACAUUUUUUGUGUGCAGAAUUCUUCUACGUUUUCAGAAUUGCAAAUAAAAUAGAUAUCAGAAAUGUUAAUUUCAUAA